UCAGAUAGAUCGAGGAUCGAUCUGAAUCAUAUUGUUAAGGUUCAGGAGCAAUAAAUAAAGGAAAAUAUAAAGAUGAAUAUGAGCACGAGCAGUAACUUGGAGACACGGAAUCUGCUUGAUGAACUAUGUAACUUUGAUAGAAAAGGACUAUUCGACCUUGGACACCCUCUUCUCAACCGUAUCGCUGAGAGUUUCGUCAAAGCUGCUGGAAUAGGAGCUGUUCAAGCUGUGUCCCGUGAGGCUUAUUUCACAGCCCUUGAAGGUAGCAGGGAGGAUCACCACGGCGGUUUGCCACCAGAAAUUUCAGGUGCCAAGAAACAACCUUUGCCGGGUCUUAGAGGAGAGACCAGUAGCAAAUCCCUCGAGGCUAUGGUGAAGAAAACCGGGAAAGAGUCCAUACAAUGGGGAGUCGCAGCAGGAAUAUAUUCAGGUCUUACAUAUGGGUUGAAGGAAGCUCGUGGAGCUCAUGACUGGAAAAAUAGUGCAGUUGCUGGAGCAAUCACUGGGGCGACCCUUGCACUUACAUUGGAAGACUCCACUCAUGAACAGAUUGUGCAAUGUGCUAUUACUGGAGCUGCCAUCUCCACUGCUGCAAAUCUUCUCACUGGGAUUUUCUAAAUGGGUUCCCUGUUCUGAUUGGCUUUUGAAAUUAGUAAUAACCUUUUUUUUUUCUUCUGAAUUGUGACAGUUACUUAUACAUAUUUGAGAUGAACUUGCAAAGAUUUUCUUU